AUGUCUCUGGAAGAAAAAUACGAUGCUGCUCUCAACCUUUUGCGCAGACUAGAUCCUAGACACGUGGAGAAGAAUCUCAAUUCCAUCUGUGCUUUGCUCCAGCACGACAACUCUGACGAGGGACAAGAGUUGGCCCAAGACUUGUUGUCUGCUGUGGAUACGCCCUUAAAAUUAGCAAAAUGUGAAGAAACUGGCAAACAGUAUUUGUGUUGUGACUACAACAGGGAUGGUGAUUCGUACAGAUCCCCGUUUUCCAAUAAGUACUACCCUCCAACUGGAGACGACGAGUCUCCAUUCCCUUCGCCUGUAUUGAGAGAGUUGGAGAUCAAGGCUAAUGAGAGCUUUGACAUCUACAGAGACUUGUACUAUGAGAAUGGUGGCUAUUCAUCUGUGUAUUUGUGGGACACAGCAGAAGAUGAGGCUGCCGAUAGUUUGAAGGAAGGAUUUGCAGGUGUUGUGUUGUUUAAGAAGGAGACCGAGGAUAAAUUGGCCAAGUGGGACUCAAUUCAUGUCUUUGAGAUUAUUCCCGAAACUUCGACUCUGGCUACGUAUAAGAUCACUUCCUCUGUCAUUUUGGAUUUGCUGAGCCAGAGAUCGUCGGAAAAGGACCUUUCUUUGGCUGGCACCAUGACAAGACAGUUGGAAUCGACGCAGACUCUCAGCACCGAAGGUGGCUCGCUUGAGUGGGCCCAUUUAGUCAACUUGGGCCAACAGGUGGAGAAAUCCGAGUAUAAUAUCCGUAACUUGCUUCAGGAAGUCUACUUCGAUAAAUUGAAGAACGUCUUGUUAAAGGACUUGAGAUCUCUUGGUGAUGUCUCCGAAAAGCAGUUGGAGAAUGCUAAGCACUCGGAGAUCGUGAAAGGUUUGGAAGGCAGGUAA